GGGCAGCGGACCCACAGUCCCAGUUCAACACAACCGGCCCAGCUCGUCUCCCACUGAACCCAGCAUGGCUCCGCGCUGACGACCACCGGCGGCAGUGGAAGACCGAGCCGCUCCUCCGCUCCUCCCGCCCGGGCAGAGACCCUCCACCCGCCCGCCAUGGCCUCGGCGUCCCCCCGCUGCACAUCUGUCCGCCCCCCCGCUGCGCUGGCCGCGGUCCUCCUGCUCCUGCUGGCGGUCCCCGGGGUCCGGUCCUCCCCGGGGGACAAGGAGCCGGUGUACCGGGACUGCGUGAAGCUGUGCGUCCGGACCGACUGCACCGGAGACCGGCUGCGGGGCUUCCAGUCCGACCAGCCCCGGUACAUGGCGCUGACAGGUUGGAGUUGCCGUGACGACUGUCGCUACAAGUGCAUGUGGACCACCGUGGGUCUUUACCAGGCCGAGGGCUACAGGGUCCCCCAGUUCCACGGCAAGUGGCCGUUUACGCGCUUCCUGUGUUUUGAAGAGCCAGCGUCUGCCCUGGCCUCUCUGCUCAACGGCCUGGCUUGCCUUCUCAUGCUGCUGCGCUACCGGAGCAUGGUGCCACGCCAGAGCCCCAUGUACCGCACUAUCAACGCCUUCUCUCUGGUAUCUCUCAACGCCUGGUUUUGGUCAACAGUGUUUCACACCCGGGACACCUAUCUCACUGAGAAAAUGGAUUAUUUCUGUGCAACAGCGGUGAUUCUUUACUCAAUCUACCUGUGCUGUGUCAGAACUGUGGGUCUGAAGCGACCCGGGGUCUCCAGCAUGGUGGGAGUCCUGCUCAUCCUGGCCUUCACCUCACACGUGUCCUACUUGACCUUCGUCAGCUUUGACUACGGCUACAACAUGGCUGCUAACGUCAGCAUAGGUAUGGUGAACCUCCUGUGGUGGCUGUGUUGGUGUUGGCAGAACCGGCGGACGCUGCCGUACUGGUGGAAGUGCGGCCUGGUGGUGGUGCUGCUCCACGGCCUGGCCCUUCUGGAGCUGCUGGACUUCCCCCCGAUGCUCUGGGUUCUGGAUGCUCAUGCUGUGUGGCACCUCAGCACCAUCCCAGUGCACUUCCUUUUCUACAGUUUCCUGAUCGACGACAGCCUCUACUUACUGAACACAGAGAAGAUGGGUGUCAAAGUCGAGUAGGAGGAGCUCAAUGCCUCUUCACCAAGCCGACGCCCUCACUCCCCCACGACCGGCGCCGCUGGAAACCCAAACACGGAAGUAGCUCAGCCUCCCAGAUGACAUGCAUGACACCGCUAGGACUUCCAUCGAAGUAGCCUCUGUUUACAUUUAUCCUCUUUGGAAAUUUCUUGUAUUUAUUUCCUUUUUUUUUUUUUUUUUUAAAUGAGAAUUAUCACCGUCGAUGCUUGUUCUACUUAACUUUGCCUUGUUCUCCAAUGUGUGCUACCUUUCUUUCGCCAUCGCUCACAACUGUAAAACAGAAGUGAUGGGAAAAUGUUUUGUAUUCUCUGCCACAGUAGAACCAGCUUGUGAUGCUGCGGCUCAAUAUCCUGUUUCCUGUGACUCUUUGUUGCUUCUGAAAUUGAUCCCUUGAAACCACGUUUUACCUUUUAGAGCUCCGUGUGUCACCAGCCUCUUGUAUCUGCACAGGCGGCAGUUUGCUGUCGCUGACAAUAGAUGGCACCAAAUCACUUGCCAGGCUGUUGUUAACCUGUUUCGUGCUGGUACAGUUUGUGUCCAGGGUCCGUCCGUGCCAAAUGUGGACUGGCAGGCCCAGC